GGUGCCGGACCAGCCUUUCUACUGCCACGCUGUUCGGCAUCUACUUCCAGCCUUCUUUUGUUGUUGCAGCGGUAACAAUUUAUAUGAACCUUCUGACAGUACAUUCUUUUUUUUUUGCUAUUUCCACUAAUGUAUUGUGUCUGUUAUUUGUUUUUAUCUUACACAGAUUGUACCAUGCAAUGUGAGAUUGGCAUUCAAUGAGCUCAUCGGAGACACCGUGACCUUCGACGCUCUUGGGGGCCCAUACACUAUGCAGGUCGAGAAGGGGCGAAAGAUAACCCAGAUAGGAGGAGAUGAUUGGGAUCGUUUCAUCGCCCGCAUGCGUCUUAGUGGAGGGUGAAUUGAUCAGCUUCUCCUUCAGAAGAGAUAGGCUCAGGAUUUCUGUUAUCUAUCUAAAUUUGAUUCCGGAUAGUGAGGAUGAAGUUCAUGAGGAGGAAGAUGGUGCUGAUUCAGAUGAUGACGAUUCAGAUGAUGAUGAGAACCCACUUGUUGAAUACCUGUAUGCCCAAGGACUCAGACUGGGCGACGAGGAAAUCGGCAACCUCUGGGACAUGCUUCCGCUACGUGAAGACUACCUAGGGAAGCCAUUCGUGACCCGCCUCACAAGGACGAAUGUUAAACGGCAUAUCAUGAAAUUACCUAAGAGGUUACUUGAUAGCUGCGGCAUCGACCCGGACAAAGAAGGCAUGGCUGCUGGACUACGCCUUACCAGAACGGGCUCCAUCACCAGCUGUGCCUAUGCAGUGGACACGGACGGUCCCACUGUCUUGGGCAGGGCAGGGUGGAAGAAGUUCCUUCGUGCCAAGAAUCUUCGGGUAGGACAGGCCAUCCUACUCACUGUUGCGAACACCCGUCGCCAUGACUUGAGGAUGAUGAUCACCAUCCACCUCAUUUAG